CACCCUUUAGCAAAUAUACGGUGGUAGGAUUAUUCAGCAGAUGCUAAGAGCAGUUGAAAGACACAAGUAAAUAGAAGUCAUUUUUCAUUAAUAUCCAAAAAUGAGCAAGCAAGCUAUUCCGUUAGUUAGUCUCUCACAGAAUGACUAUCAGACACACCCUCCAGACGACACAGUUUCCCCUAGCAGUGAACACGUGGGUGAAAGUGAUGAGAACGUGGAACGAGGCAACUGGUCCUCGAAGACCGACUACCUGCUCUCAUUGAUCGGCUGUGCUGUGGGUCUGGGCAACGUCUGGAGAUUCCCUUACCUGGCGUACAGGAACGGAGGAGGAGCAUUUCUCAUUCCCUACACAGUCAUGCUGGCACUUAUUGCAAUGCCAAUGUUUUUCUUGGAAACUUCCUUCGGGCAGUUUGCCAGCCUUGGUCCUGUCGCAGUGUGGAAAGCUGUGCCAAUACUACAAGGUGUGGGAAUCACUAUGGUCCUUUUCAGUACAAUUAUUGAUAUUACCUACAACUGCAUCAUCGCCUACAGCCUGUUCUACCUGUUUGCCUCUUUCCAGUCCCCCCUGCCGUGGUCAGACUGCUUCAGCUGGUGGGGUGCAGAUGAAACCUGUAGUCGGACACCCAGAGAUCCGCUCUGCAACCUCACUCUGGACGGCGGAUAUUCUGAAGUCGUUAACACAACCUGGCUGCAGGCAAACAACAAAACCUGUCCCAAUGGAUCAGAAAUCUAUGUUCCUCACCAAGGCCCAAGUGAACAAUACUGGGAAAAGUUUGUUUUACGCCGCACAAGUUCAGUGGGCGAGACAGGGGAGAUAGUCUGGCACUUGGCCCUCUGUCUGCUUCUGGCCUGGCUGAUCGUUUGUGGAGCACUUUCUAAAGGAAUCAAAUCUUCAGGAAAGGUGGUUUAUUUCACAGCAACAUUUCCGUACGUGGUUCUGACUGCACUUCUGAUUCGAGGACUCACCCUGGAGGGAGCCUGGAAAGGGAUUGAAUUCUACAUUGGAAGCGAGUCGGACUUCUCAAAGUUGGCUGAUGCUGAGGUCUGGAAAGAUGCAGCAACACAAAUAUUUUAUUCACUUGCAAUUGGCUGGGGCAGUUUAAUAACCCUGUCGUCCUACAACAAAUUCAACAACAACUGUUACAGAGACACCAUGAUCGUCUGCAUCAUUAACUGUGCCACGAGUGUGUUUGCUGGAUUUGUCAUCUUCUCCAUCCUGGGACACAUGUCUCACGUACAGGACAAGCCUGUUUCAGAGGUCGCUAAGUCAGGUUUUGGUUUGGCUUUUAUCGUGUAUCCAGAGGCUUUAGCACAGUUGCCGUGGGCGCCUCUUUGGUCCAGCCUCUUUUUCUUCAUGCUGAUCACCCUGGGACUCAGCAGUCAGUGUGUUGCUGUCGAAGCAGUAAUAACAACCCUACUGGAUCAGUUCCCUGGCUUUCUGCGAUCAAGGCGUCUGUUUCUUACAGCUGCUGUUUGCCUGAUAUUUUAUUUGCUCAGCCUAACCUGCACAACACAGGCUGGAAUUUACUGGUUAAACUUAAUUGAUCAUUCCUGUGCUGGAUGGGGUAUUCUUGUCGCUGCCAAUCUGGAACUUAUCAGUGUGAGCUGGAUAUACGGAGUCAACAGAUUCAUCAAGGACAUUGAGAUGAUGAUUGGGGAGAGGAGUUGGCUCUUCUGGCUGUGGUGGAGAGUGUGCUGGCUAUACGUAUCUCCGUGCUUGAUGGCAGCAAUCGUAGUGUGGUCUCUGGUAACAUUCGCCCCACCAACAUAUGGGCUUGUUGAAUACCCUGUCUGGGCAACAGCUCUCGGCUGGUGUAUGAUCAUCUUCUGUAUUAUGUGGAUCCCCAUCGUUGCCAUUAAGAGAGUUGUCCAAACAGAGGGCUCCACUCUGUGGCAGAAAAUUUCUGCCACAUGCACAUCAGCUCCUGAUUGGGGCCCGUACUUGGAACAACACCGAGGGAACAGAUACAGGAAGGGGCCUGAAUCUGCAGACGUCCAUUUACAGUGUACAGCUCUGAGCAGUCCCUGAGAUACGAAAGUGGCAGGGAAGUUUCUGUUUAAUUUGUAAACAAUUCCCUGGCAGUUUGUAAUUUAUUCCCACUUUAGCAUCAGUGGGAGUAGUCCUGAACAAUCAGCAUCAGUGACUUGGGAGAAAUCCCUGUAUCAUAUUUUAUAUCUUACUUGCUUAUUGCUCGAUACCAGUUCAGAUUCAGUUUGGUUUAUUCUCAUACACACCACGGUGCCAUGGAAUUCUUUGUACACACAAAGCAUACAAUAUAGUAAAGGGAUUUGUUUGUCUGACCUGCCUGAAUCUUGCCUUCAGAUGGGGCCCAGUAACCCUAUUAAUUACAGCUCAGAUCAGGACCGCACACAAAGGAACUCUCAUACAACAGCGGAGAGUCUCUCGAACAAGGUAGUUUAAUCAGGCCUUGCCACAGGGGAAGCACGACUCGAACACACAUCACUGACACAAAAAACAUAACAAUCUGUAGUAUUCGUGUUAUGAUGGUUACAUAUACAUUUUACACUUUCAAACUAAUUCAUCAGCAACCCACCCUUCCUUACAGUAUUUGUUACUGGUUUACUAGGAGUUACCUCUAUCUGUUUGACAGCCUGGACUUUAUCUCAUAGAGUCAUAGAGUGAUACAGUGUGGAAACAGGCCCUUCGGCCCAACUUGCCCACACCGGCCAAUUUGUGCCAGCUACACUAAUCCCACCUGCCUGCGCAUCAUCCGUAUUCCUCCAAACCUGUGUUAUCCAUGUACCUAUCUAACUGUUUCUCAAAAAUGAUGGGAUAGUCCCAGCCUCAACUACCUUCUCUGGCAGCUUGUUCCAUACACCCACCACCCCCUCACCUUGAAGCUAUGUCCUCUGGUCCUCGAUUUCCCUAAUCUGGGCAAGAGAUUCUGCGCACCUACGUGUUUUAUUCUUCUCAUUGAGUUUCAGAUUAGGAAAGGGGAGGUGCAAUGAGACCUGGGUGUCCUUGUACAUCAGUCACUGAAAGUAAGCGUGCAGGUAUAGCAGGCAGUGAAGAAAGCAAAUG